AGCUUCUUCCCCCCAAACAACUGUACACCAUUCCCACCAACCAAUUAACAAUUACAUGUAAUAACGAAAACAAGCACAAGAGGAGGGAAAACAAUCAAUUAUGGGAACCUACUCAUAUGCACAUCCUUUACAAUUCCCACUUUCAUUAACCCUAAUCAAACACAGAAGAAUCCCACCCCCAAUCCUCACCCCAAACCCAUCAAAAACCCACCUCAAGUUCAAUCCAGUCUCAGCCACGCUAAAUUCCCCAAAAGGAUUCGGACCCACCUCAAAAAAACUCAAAAAAUUCAAAAAACCAAAGAAAAAUAACGACACCAACGACGAAGAAGAUGAAGAAGAAGAGGAUGAGAAAGAAGAAGGCGUUAUCCCAGAAAUAGUUACCAACAGAAUGAUGAGUAGAAUGGGAUUUUCUGUUGGAAUUCCUCUGUUUAUUGGGCUUUUGUUUUUCCCAUUCUUUUACUAUCUCAAAGUUGGAUUGAAAAUUGAUGUGCCCACUUGGAUUCCCUUCAUUGUCUCAUUUAUCUUCUUUGGGACUGCACUUUUAGGAGUGAGUUAUGGGAUUGUGUCAUCCAGUUGGGAUCCGACGAGGGAAGGCUCAUUGUUGGGUUGGAAUGAAGCUAAGAAGAAUUGGCCUGUUUUCUGGCAAUCAAUAUGGGGUGGAGGAUCAAAGAAGUAGGAAAUCAUUUUGUUCUCUUGUUACUUGAUGAGUUUGUAUCAUUCCAGAUUCCCAAGAGGAAGAAGAUUUUUGGAUACUAGUUGGUUUUUUAUCAAUCUAUUAGUCUAUUAAUUGUUACUGGGAAAAGUCUACAAAAGUCUACAUCUAUAUAAUUGUUGCACAUUAUCAAUC